CUUACAUCCGAAACAGUUUUCGUUCCUUUAACUAUUGGCGGAGGUAUUAGAGAUGUCAUCGACCCAAACGGUAAACAUUACACCGCGCUUGAAGUGGCCGGCGAAUAUUUCAGAUCUGGUGCAGAUAAAGUCUCGAUUGGUAGUGAUGCCGUAUAUGCCGUGGAAAAAUAUUUAUCCAACAAUUCAAAAUUAUCCGGCGACACUGCCAUUGAAACUAUUGCCCAUGCUUACGGAUCUCAAGCGGUUGUCAUUUCCGUCGACCCAAGGCGCGUUUAUGUCAAAUCUCCAAACGAUGCACCUGGACAUCACGUGAUAAACACGAAAUAUCCAGGUCCGAACGGUGGUCGAGAAGGGAGGGACAUUGACGUCCAUCAAUUGGUAACCGCAUGUGAAGCUAUGGGUGCCGGCGAAAUACUCCUUAAUUGUAUGGAUAAAGAUGGUACAAAUUCUGGAUACGAUCUUGAAUUGAUACAGGAUGUUAAAAUGGCAGUCAAGAUACCAGUUAUUGCCUCAAGUGGAGCUGGUAAGUUAGAGCAUUUUUCCGAAGUAUUUUCUGAAACUAAAGUUGAAGCUGCUCUUGCGGCCG